AUGGUCGAUGCUCACCUCGUUGACGCCAAAGCAACAUUUUCUUCUUUUUCUCAUCUCCUUGAUGCUCGACUCUUGCGAGCUCUCGCAGACAUGGGCUUUGCCCGACCGACUCUCGUACAAUCAAAAGCGAUUCCUUUGGCUCUAGAAGGCCGAGAUAUCCUCGCGCGAGCAAGAACGGGGAGUGGAAAAACUGCUGCAUACUGUAUACCUGUCGUCCAGAAAAUUCUUAGCACGAAAAGUGCUCUUGAUUUGGAGAAUCUCUCGAGGCAAGCUACGCGUUGUGUUAUCCUCGUGCCGACUAGGGAACUGUCAGAACAAGUCUCAAGCUAUUUGAAGGGGCUUUGCAAGUAUUGCGAAGAUAUUGUUGUAGCUAAUGCUGCCGGGUCAACCUCAGCUCAUCUACAGAGGACUCUGCUAUCUGACAAACCAGAUAUCGUGAUAGCAACGCCAGCUCGCGGUCUCGCUCUAUUCCAAUCUAAAAGUUUAGUUGCUUCCCAUCUUGACUCCCUCGUCGUCGACGAAGCCGAUCUCGUCCUGUCCUAUGGCCACGAUGACGAUAUACGCCAGAUUUUCAGCGGUGCAUACCUGCCGAAGGUGUAUCAAUCGUUCCUCAUGAGUGCGACUAUGACAGAAGAUGUGGAGUUGUUGAAAGGGCUUACACUGCGGAAUCCCGCCAUACUCAAAUUGGAAGAUGGAGAAGAUGAGGCUGCUCAUCUGAGCCAGUACGCUGUCAAAUGUUCUGAAGUUGACAAGUUCCUCCUCACCUAUGUAAUUCUCAAGCUCAAACUCGUCCGCGGAAAAAGCAUUCUUUUUGUCAACGAUGUUGAUAGGAGUUAUCGGCUUAAGCUGUUUCUCGAGCAAUUCUCUAUUAAGAGUUGUGUAUUGAAUUCGGAGUUACCUUUGAAUUCAAGAUAUCAUACCGUGCAAGAAUUCAAUAAAGGGGUGUAUGAUUAUAUUAUCGCCACGGAUGAGAGCGAUACGCAGGAGAAGGAUGAAGCUGAGGAUGAAGAAGAAGGCAGUUCGGAAGACGGAACCGACGAUGAGGAUGAGGAUGAGAUAGAGGAAUUCACAAGUACACAACGGGACAACCCAUCCUCAUCCUCAUCUUCAACUACGCAACCUGCAAUCUCAGGAUCCAACCAAUCCUCCCGAAAACGAAAACGUCUCGAAUCUGCAAACUCGAAAUCUCAAUCGCAGAAACGUACUAAAUCCCAAUCCGAUCCGUCUGGAAAAACAAAAUCCAAGAAAUCAAAACAUGAUAAAGAAUACGGCGUCACACGUGGCAUCGACUUUAUUGACGUCGCCUGUGUGCUGAAUUUCGACCUUCCCUCCUCCUCGCGUUCGUAUACUCACCGUGUAGGACGCACAGCGCGUGCCGGGCGGACGGGUAUGGCUUUAUCCUUUGUUGUGCCCCGAGAUCAGUGGGGUAGGAAUAAAGUUGUCGGAAGCCUGUCUAGUGCUCAGCAUGAUGAGAAGGUUUUUAGCAGGAUCGAAAAAGAGCAGGGAGCGAGGGGGAGUAAAGUGAUGGAGUAUAAAUUUGAUAUGAAGCAGGUGGAGGCGUUCAGGUAUAGGAUGGAGGAUGCCCUCAGGAGUGUAACCAGGAGUGCGGUCAGAGAGGCAAGGAUCAAGGAGUUGAAGGAGGAGGUUUUGAAUUCGGAUAGAUUGAAGGCCCAUUUUGAAGACAACCCACUAGAUUUGGAGUACCUACGACAUGAUAAACCUCUACAUCCCACGAGGAUUCAGCCACAUAUGAAGCAUGUACCCAAAUACCUACUUCCUAAGACAGCGCCUGCUCCUGUUCCUGGAGGAGCUGGAGUAGAAGCAACAGGAGUGGUCGAAGCUGAAGGAGACAAGUCAGUCGGCUUUGUGCCGUUCAAGAAGACUAACUCUCAUGCUAACCGGGGGAGGGGAAGAGGUGCAGGGGGUAGAAAUGGAAGAGUCAGUGGUAGGGGCGGGAUGGGUGGCAGGGGUUCAGGAAGAGGCGGGAAGAAGAAAUCGGAUCCAUUGAAAAAAUUCGGAAGGUGA